CAGUAGCAGCCCGCUCUAGAGGACGACCGUGCGUUCCUGUUCGAUCGCCGUCGUUGCGUUCGCUAGCUGAGUCCACACGCACUUUCAAGCACGGUUGAGACGAUGCUGGAACUCCAUGGGUCUUCCCACCUAACUCAGACAAGGCGUGAUACUCUCCUGAAGAGCAUCCAAAAGCGUUGUCCGAAAAUCGUCUCCGUGGACGCAGUCCAUCUGCACCUCGUCGACUCACCUGAGGAGGAAUUGUACCAACCAGGAUCUAAGCCGCAGCUCGUCCUCAGUCGCUUGCUUCAGUAUGGAGAUGACAUCACGCUUCCGGGCACCGCCGAUGCCUUGCGCGCAGAGCACAACAUUGCCUUUGUCUUGCCCCGCCCAGGAUCUGUAUCUCCCUGGUCCAGCAAGGCAACCGAUAUCGCUGCAAUAUGUGGGCUGAAGAAGUACGUCAAACGUAUCGAGCGAGGUGUCAUCUUUGUUUUCAAGACUUCGGAAGGAGACCUGACGAAGGACGACCUCGCCUCCUUCGCGGACCUCAUACAUGACCGUAUGACUCAGGUCGUCCAGCUCACGCACCCUGAUCCCGAGGUCAUAUUCUCUCACAAGACUACAAAGCCUCUCGUCACCGUUGACCUGAUAUCAGACAGCAAGAAUGCCGGAGCUGCUCGCGAGAAGCUGGUCGCUGCAAACAAGGAGCUAGGGUUGGCGUUGUCUUCCGAUGAGAUUGACUACCUGGUGGACGCAUUCGUGUCUGGCUCCUCUCCUAUCGGCCGCAACCCCACCGAUGCCGAGCUAUUUAUGUUCGCUCAAGUCAAUUCCGAGCACUGCAGGCACAAGAUAUUCAAUGCAUCGUGGACUGUCGACGAUGCCUUGCAGGAUACGUCUCUAUUCCAGAUGAUCAGGAACACAGAGAAGGUCUGCGGGAAAGGAACGAUCUCAGCCUAUUCGGAUAACGCAGCAGUGUUUGAAGGACAUUCCGCCCCUCGCUUCGGAGUCUCAUUCGCGGACCAAGCGUCUCCGCGGUAUGAGGCGCAGGUCGAGGAUAUGCCCAUUCUCAUCAAAAUCGAGACCCACAACCACCCGACCGCCGUGUCGCCGUACCCUGGGGCGGCAACUGGAUCGGGAGGUGAGAUCAGAGACGAGGGCGCUGUCGGCCGAGGAUCAAAGCCCAAAGCGGGUCUCGCGGGCUUCACCGUCUCCAACCUGCUGAUACCUGGCUUCGAGCAGCCCUGGGAGACGGACUUUGGCCACCCCGCUCACAUCGCGUCUGCUCUUGACAUCAUGAUCGAGGGCCCCCUCGGCGCGAGUGGGUUCAACAACGAGUUCGGACGCCCUGCUUUAGCCGGAUACUUCCGCACGUUCGCAGAACGCGUUCCUGCUGGUACAGAAGGGGAGCUGGAGACUCGUGGUUACCACAAGCCGAUCAUGAUCGCUGGCGGUCUGGGUAACGUCCGUCCCUCCUUCGCGAUGAAAUCUAAGAUUUCUCCAGGAGCCAAGAUCAUCGUGCUUGGUGGCCCCGGUUUACUGAUCGGUCUUGGCGGAGGAGCAGCAAGCAGUCAAGUGUCCGGUGCCGGCUCGGCUGAACUGGAUUUUGCGAGUGUGCAACGAGACAAUGCGGAGAUGCAGCGGCGCUGUCAGCAGGUCAUCGAUGCGUGCGUCUACCUCGGUGAGGGAAACCCUAUACAGUCCAUCCACGAUGUCGGCGCCGGUGGUCUCUCGAACGCUCUGCCGGAGCUGGUGCACGACUCCGGUCUGGGAGCUAUCUUCGAGAUACGUGACGUCCUCGUGGCGGAUACGAGCAUGUCGCCCAUGGAGAUCUGGUGCAACGAGAGUCAGGAGCGAUACGUCCUCGCCAUUUCACCAGAGAAGGAGUCAGAUUUCACUGCACUGGCACAGCGUGAACGAUGUCCCUUUUCCGUCGUCGGUGUUUCGACGGUGGAGGAGGAGCUCAUCGUCACAGAUCGCCUAUUUAAGACGGAUGUCAUCCGGCUGAAGAUGUCAACGUUGUUCGGCAAGCCUCCCAGGAUGCACCGCUCCGACUCGACCAAGCUGAUCACCUACGUCCCGUUCGAUACCUCGCUGGCUCGGUAUGUGCCCUCAGCUACCACCUCCCAGGACCGCAUCGCUGCUGCUGUCCACCGCGUUCUCCGCCUGCCUUCCGUAGGCUCCAAAUCAUUCCUCAUCACGAUCGGAGACCGCUCCAUCACGGGUCUCGUCGCCCGGGAUCAGAUGGUCGGGCCCUGGCAGGUACCCGUAGCGGACGUCGCCGUCACCCAAGCGUCAUACGGCUUCGACGUGCCCUUCGGAGAGGCAAUGGCCAUGGGCGAACGCACACCAUUGGCGUUGCUCAGCGCAGCAGCGUCUGCCCGCAUGGCGGUCGCAGAAUCCCUCAUGAACCUCACCGCCGCUCACAUCGGUGAUCUGAGCCGCGUGAAGCUCAGUGCGAACUGGAUGUGUGCCGCGUCGAAAGCGGGCGAGGGUGCGGCGCUCUACGCGGCCGUCAAGGCUAUCGGUAUGGAGCUCUGCCCCGCGCUCGGUGUGGGCAUCCCCGUGGGCAAGGACUCGAUGUCGAUGUCGAUGAAGUGGAGGGAGGGCGAAGAGCAACGCGAGGUCAGCGCGCCUCUGUCCCUGAUCGUGACCGCGUUCGCGAGAGUGGAGGAUACUGGCGCAACCUGGACUCCUCAGUUGCAGACUGAUGCUGGCGAGCCUACUGUGCUUGUGUUCUUCGACCUGGCAGAGAGUAAGCAGCGCCUUGGAGGGUCGGCUGUGGCGCAGGUGUUCAAGGAGAUUGGCUCGGAGGCACCAGACGUCGAGAAUGCUGCACAACUUAAAGUGUUCCUGAUCGGCUGUCGGACUGUUCGAGAGAAAGCAUCCGGGCUCGUUCUUGCAUACCACGACAGGUCAGAUGGAGGAUUGUUCACAACACUGGCAGAAAUGGCAUUCGCUGGGCGUGUUGGCGUUGAUGUCUCCCUCGAUGAGGUUAUGGUCUCUGGCGAUCCCAUUUCGACCCUAUUUAACGAAGAACUCGGUGCCGUCAUGCAGGUCUGUCAGUCACAAGUUGAUGAACUUAAGAGCAUCUUCGCCAAUGUCGGGUUCCCGGUGGCGUGCAUCCAUAUCAUUGGUCAAGUGUACGAGACCGAUGAAACAUUCAAGAUCACGCAACAAAAUGCAACCAUCUAUACCAGUACCCGGGCAGAGCUGCAGCGCAUCUGGGCAGAAACUUCUUACAGGAUGCAGUCACUUCGGGACGACCCCGUCAGCGCGAAGGAGGAAUACGACCUCAUCAGUGACGCAUCAUACAAAGGCAUCUAUUACGAUCUCUCCUUCUCGCCCGAACCGGCCCGCGACAUCUCCCACCGCCCCAAGGUGGCUAUCCUCCGUGAGCAAGGCGUCAAUGGCCAAGUCGAGAUGGCAUGGGCGUUCACCGCAGCGGGCUUUGACGCGAUCGACGUGCACAUGUCCGACAUCCUCAGUGGCGCCGCCUCCUUAAGCGCGUUCCGCGGCUUCGCAGCUUGUGGCGGGUUCUCCUACGGCGACGUCCUCGGCGCAGGCAAGGGCUGGGCGAACUCGGUACUACUCAACGCGCACGCGCGCGGCGAGUUUGGCGAGUUCUUCGCGCGGGAAGACACGUUCGCGCUCGGCGUGUGCAAUGGGUGCCAGUUCCUGAGUCACCUGCACGAGAUCGUGCCCGGCGCGCAUGCGUGGCCCGCGUUCAAGCAAAACCGCAGCGAGCGCUUCGAGGGCCGCGUGUGUACUGUGGAGAUCGUACCUAGUGCGGUGACGAGCCGCUCGGUGUUCCUGCACGACAUGGCAGGCUCGCGGCUGCCCGUGGCGGUGGCGCACGGCGAGGGCCGUGCGGCGUUUGCGAGCGAAGAGGACCGGGAGAAGCUGGAGGCGCAGGGACUGGUGGCACUGCGUUAUGUUGACUCGACGGGACAGCCCACGGAGAUGUACCCGCUCAACCCGAACGGCAGCCCGGGCGGUAUUACUGGGUUGCAUACGCCAGAUGGGCGUGUGCUGGCGCUGAUGCCCCAUCCUGAGAGAGUCGUCAGGCUGCAGUGCAACAGCUGGUAUCCUCCCGAGUUUAAUGACUCUUGGAAGGGGGUGGGUCCGUGGUUCAGGCUCUUCCAGAACGCGCGGAGAUGGUGUGGAAACUAAAAGAGCGCUGAGCUCGUUUGAUGUUCUCUAACAUAAGAUUGAUGUACCCAGACAUAAAUAUACAUAGCAGAAUCCAGUGUUGCGGGUGAUAUCCCGCUGCUAGGAGGCGCUGAUGAGCACAAGGUCCGGUACGACUGCUUC